AUGAUCUUGCUGAAGAAAAACAAUGAGGCGAAGCAACUUCUCCUGCUUUUCUGUGUAUUGUUAUUGAAAGUGGUGACAGUCUUAGCACGGUUGACUCAUCCAAAUAUUAUUAGUCUCUUGGGAUACUCCAAUGAUAAAGAAGGCGAAUGCUUGGUUGUUUACGAGUACAUGCAAAACCAAAAUCUUGAUCACUUCUUAUUUGGAGAUGCACGAGAUGUCUCCAAGCAACGUUCAUGGGGGGCGCGACUUAAAAUAAUGAUAGGAGUAGCCUGUGGACUCGCUUACAUGCAUUCAUCAGAAAAUGAAGUCAUACACCGUGAUGUUAACACAUAUAAUAUAUUGCUAGAUCAGGAUUUUAAUGCAAAACUCGGAGGUUUUGAGUUGUCAAGAUUUGGCCCCGAAAUCCAGAAAACAUAUGUUUCUAGACAUUUUAUGGGUACGCUAGCUUAUGUGGACCCAUGGGGUAGAGGGAAUGGUCAUGCAAAGAGUGACAUCUAUAGUUUUGGAAUAAUUAUGCUGGAAAUCCUAACAGGCAAGCAUGCACUAAAUAUGAAACGAAGCACUUUUGAAUUGCUGGCCGACAAAAGUGAGCUAAAGAAGUUAAUGGAUCCACGUCUUGAACGAAAUUAUCCCGUAGAAGAGGCUUUCCAAUGCGCUGUAUUGGCGUUAAAAUGUAUAGCUAUGGAUCGUGAGGAUAGGCCUUCGAGUGAAGAAGUUUUGCGGAUCUUGGAACAAAUAUAUGUUAACAAAUAA